AUGGCUACCGAGUCAAUCAAGGACAAACUACACCGUGCCUUCCCAGACACGAUUUAUACGCCACUUGUCCAUGGUGAAAAAGAUCCUAUGUACAACUAUGGAGGAUUCCAUCCUGAUGAAAUCCAGGUUUUGCCUAGGGGCCAUGUAAAGGAGCCCGGGUUCCAGGCGUUCAAGGUGGAUGUUGUAUGGGAACGCGACAGGGCCAUUCCCAUGCGGGACAGCAUUACUCUUUAUGGUGACGUAUUUCGACCUGCAGGCGAUGAGAAAGUUCCAGCCAUUAUACCCUGGAGCCCUUAUGGAAAGUCUGGGACUGGUGCCCUAACAUAUGAUAUUAUGGGGCCUUGGAGAAUUGGUAUUCCGUAUGAGCAUCUAAGUGGAUACGAGACUUUUGAGGGCCCAAACCCCGCUGAAUGGUGCUCGCGAGGGUAUGCUGUUGUUGACGUUGAUGCUAGAGGCUCUGGAAAUUCAGAAGGCAAUCUGAUGUGGUGGGGUGAACAGGAGGCAGUGGAUGUAUACGAUACGAUUGACUGGGUCGUCCAACAACCCUGGUGUAAUGGCUCGGUGGUGAUGAUGGGCAACUCAUGGCUAGCUAUAGCCCAAAUCAACUUUGCUUCUCGCCUCAGCCAUCCCAAUUUGAAAGCCAUUGCGCCGUGGGAGGGAUUGACAAACGUCUACAGCGACCAGAUUUGCAGAGGUGGAAUUCCAAGUACAACGGGAUUCAAUGGGAUGAUCCGCCGUGCAAUUGCUGGACCAGGAGAGAUGGAAGACCUUGGAGCUAUGACCGACCAGCGUCCCUUUCUGGAUGACUAUUGGAAAGGAAAGGUUAUAAAUCCGGAGCGCAUUCGAGAUAUUCCGAUGUAUCUGGCUGCGUCAUAUUCCACUGGACUCCACUGUGAUGGGUCGUUCCAAACCUUUGAAAAAGCAUCAACGCCCCGAAAGUGGCUAAGAGUGCAUUCUUCCCAGGAAUGGCAUGAUCUGUAUAGACCAGAAGCGACCGAUGACCUCCAGCGCUUCUAUGACUUCUACGCAAAAGGUAUCGCUAAUGGCUGGGAAUCCGACACCCCGCGUGUUCGACUCACACUUCUUGGAUACGAUGGCGGAAUUGCCAAAUCUAUCAUCGAGCGCCCAGAGCAGGAAUGGCCGCCGAUUCGGCAAAGGAUGGAAAAGUACUAUUUGGAUGGAACGACGAGGGAGCUAGUUCCCACUCCGCCACCUAAUGUAACCGCAACAUCACACAAUGGUCAUUCAUUAACAGACUCAUCGGACUUUACCCUCCGUUUCAUCAAGUACACCGAGUUAUGUGGCCGGCCGUUCGUGAAACUGUACAUGUCCUCUUCAGAAGGUGAUGACUUUGACGUAGUCGUCCAAAUCCGCAAGCUUAGCGUUACUGGGAAACCCCUCGCCUCACUAAACUGGUCUCCGAUGCCGAAGCCCGAGCCCGAGGUGCCCAACGUUAAUGUGGCCAAACACAUCGGACAACAGGGCAUGCUUCGUGCCUCCCACCGAGUGACUUUACAGCCUCGUGCCUCUGAUAAUGAACUGCCUGUCUACUCUCAUGAUCGCGGUGAACCCGUUAAACCAGGAGAGAUUGUACCACUGCUGAUCCCAAUCUGGCCCGUGGGGGUGGUUUUUGAGGCUGGGGAGAGCCUGAUGCUCCGUGUAUCCGGGCAUGAUAUGUCGCUUCCUGAGGUGGAGGCCUUGCGACCCAAGGAGCCAGUGGAUGCAAACGAAGGGAGCCACACUGUGCAUACAGGGGGCGAGUAUGAUAGUCAUCUUGUUCUUCCAGUUAUUACGGAAUGA